AUGCAAAAUUUUGCUGCACGCCAACAUUCGCAGCAUCCAUCACCAGCUUAUUUCCGGCAUCAACUAGAGAGCGAUCGCACCGCGUUGACGUUGCUGGGCAUGAUCUCAGCCCUACAGCAGCAGCAACGACAAUCAGCCGCCAACAUGGGCAGAUACCAUGCAGAUUUGGAUGGUCAAGAGGGAGAUAGCUCAGAAUUGACGCAAGUUCAACUACAACAACUACAACAGCUGAAUACUGCGCAGUUGAUUAGCCUUUUGGGAACUAACCAUGGUUCCUUGUGGACCUAUACGGGUGGAUAUAGCAAGGCUUUAGGUUUAAGUGAGGUAAAGGUAAAUAUUGGAGUGCUGUGGACGUUUAUCAGUUGUGGACCAUACUUCGUUAUCGAUUUUUUAUGGAGUAAAAACUGCCUGUAA